AUGUUCUCUAGGAUUACUAGAGAUGAUACAGGAGCAUGCAUUGCACAAGUGGCUGUCCCAACAGGUGAUAAGACUAGAGAUGUGGUCACUGCUAUGGAAUAUCAGGUUACCACAAUUGACCUUGGACCUACCACAAAGAUGCAAGAGUGCCAAGAGCUAGAUGAUACAGUCAAGGCAAUUGAGGCACGAGUGGAUAGGACUAUUAAAAAGAAAGAGAUGCUUGAGACAAAUGGAGAUCCCGGAGUUGGAAAAUCAAGCCAGAUCAAGGGCGACCUCCUCCAGUCUAGCAUUGACAAGGACGGCCUUCUUCAGUCAAGCGUCAUCAAGGGCGACUUCUCCAAUCCAGCAUUCCAAGGCGAGCAUUUUACCAUAUAUGGUUAUGCACGGAGUACCAUGACUGAUGCAGAAUUACGAAAAAUUAUUAGUGGUACACUGACCUGCAGGAUUGAUAAGAGGGAAAACUGUGGAGAUAAAAUGGAUGAGUUUUUGCAGCGUUGCUUUUAUCAUUCAGGACAAUACAGCUCCGAGGAUAACUUUAGAGAGCUAGACAUAAAAUUAAAGGAAAAAGAGGCAGGAAAGCUGGCAAAUCGAUUGUUUUACCUGUCUGUUCCUCCAAAUGUUUUUGUGGAUGCGGCAAGAUGUGCCAGCCAUUCUUCAUCUUCUGCUAAUGGAUGGACUAGAGUAAUUGUUGAAAAGCCUUUUGGUCGUGAUUCUGAGUCAUCUGCUGAACUCACGAGGAUUCUGAAACAACACUUAACUGAGGAGCAGAUCUUCCGGAUUGAUCAUUAUCUUGGAAAGGAACUUGUUGAAAAUCUUUCCGUUCUUAGGUUUUCCAAUCUUGUUUUUGAGCCACUUUGGUCAAGGCAAUAUAUAAGAAAUGUACAACUGAUUUUUUCAGAGGACUUUGGAACUGAAGGUCGAGGAGGGUACUUUGAUAGCUAUGGGAUUAUUCGGGAUAUAAUGCAGAACCACCUUCUUCAAAUAUUAGCUCUUUUUGCAAUGGAAACACCUGUGACUUUAGAUGGAGAAGACAUACGGAAUGAAAAGGUCAAAGUGUUGCGUUCAAUGAGGCCAUUACAACUUGAAAAUGUAGUAAUUGGUCAAUACAAGGCCCAUGUUAAAGGAGGUGUGACAUAUCCUGGCUAUACAGAUGAUAAGACAGUACCCAAAAACAGCCUCACCCCAACAUUUGCAGCAGCGGCUCUUUUCAUUGACAAUUCUAGAUGGGAUGGUGUACCUUUCCUUAUGAAGGCUGGAAAGGCUUUACAUAAUAGAGGUGCAGAAAUUAGGGUGCAGUUCAGACAUGUUCCAGGGAAUUUAUACAAAAGAAAUUUUGGGACAGACUUGGACCGAGCCACUAAUGAACUUGUCAUUCGCGUCCAACCUGAUGAAGCUAUCUACCUGAAAAUUAAUAAUAAGAUUCCUGGUUUGGGCAUGAGGCUGGACAGAAGUAAUUUAAAUCUGCACUAUGCAGCAAAGUAUUCUAAAGAAAUUCCUGAUGCUUAUGAGCGACUGCUUCUAGAUGCAAUUGAAGGGGAGCGGCGUCUGUUCAUCAGAAGUGAUGAACUUGAUGCUGCAUGGUCUUUAUUCACACCAUUGUUGAAAGAAAUAGAAUCAAAGAAGGUUGCACCUGAACUUUAUCCCUAUGGCAGUCGGGGCCCAGUAGGAGCACAUUACCUGGCAGCUAAAUACAAUGUUAGAUGGGGUGAUACAAGCGGAGAUUCACAGCAAUAGUGAUUGUUUUGGUAUCAUUUUUACUAGGAGUGUUUUCAAUUCAGUGUUACUGGAGAAGCAUCCCCAAAGUCUGGGUUACAUCCUGAGGACAUGGUGACUUGGAUUUCCCAAGGACUUGGGAACUUGGGGGGGAUGUCUCCAUUUUUCAGGACUCGACUACUCGCUCCAUUUCGUGCAUAGUUUUUUUUUUUUUUUUUUAAAAGGGUAAAUCUUUUAAGGAAAAAAAUGCUAAAAAUCCCUAAAAAGAUAAAAAGGGGAGGAUUGUCAUUGCAAAUUCAGCACAUUGUAUUUACUUAUUAAUACUUCAGCUGCUUUUAGUUUGUUUUAGUUAUUUUAAUAGCUGUCUGCAAAAUUCAGGAAUUUUUGUUGUCCCCAAAAUCAUGUCUUUUGUCCUCCUGUGCCAGAAACUUGGAGAAACAAAAUUUUUUAUUGAUACUUUUCCUUACGACACAAAUGUUGAGGGGCAUAUCUGACAGAAUACUUGUAUGAUUUAAAGCUCA